AUGGGGGUGGUGAGAUCGUGGUCCGUGGACUUACAUAGUUUCGGGCUACACACGAGUACCACGCAAAUAGGCUCUGGUCGUUUCACUGAUGAAGAUAUUUUCGAACUUUCACCGACCUACAAGAGUGUCACCGUAUUCUACGACUGCAACCCUUUUCGUCUCCAUUUUACGAGUUUCAUCGUGAACGUUCCUACGAGUUUUGUUACAAACGAGAAAGAGUUGAAUAUGAUCGAUUUGGAAAGAGUUUUAAGAAAUGGGUUUGAGGUGAAAAUGAAGAUCGAUGAGAACGAAAUAUGUGGCUUCAACGAAAUCUUGCCAUUUGGAGUUACUUGCGGUCCACUCCAUCCACCACCAACUCCAACUGAUCUGAAUCAAAUCAUGUACAAUCUCCCCACUUCUUGUCUGGUCUUUUUGCUCCUCUUCUCCUUAUUCCACCAUCUUUCUUCUGCUUCAAGUAAACAAGAACAUGGAUGGUGUGAGACUCUGUUCCAAUGUGGCAACGUCACCGUUGGUUUCCCUUUCUCCGGAGGGAAUCGUCCCCAGUUUUGCGGUCAUCCAUUGCUACAGCUUCACUGCUUUAAAGAUCAAACCUCUAUAAUCAUCUCAAACCAUCUAUACCUUGUUCUUGAUAUAGAUCAAGCAUCUAACACUCUUAGACUCUCCAGAGCAGAGCUUAUAGGUUCUUUUUGCCUCGCUACAUUCACUGCCACAACUUUACCUCCAGAAAUCUUCGAGCUUUCGCCAAACUACAAGAACCUCACUGUUUUCUACGUCUGCGACCCUAUGCUUCAUUACCAUUCGAGCUAUAAAUGUCCUGGUAGAGGUCCUGUCUCAAUGUCUGAAAACCACGAUUAUCAUAGUUCCUGCGAUGACAGUUUCAUGAUUAACGUUCCAAAGAGCUUCGUUCCAGAAGAGAAAGAGUUAAAUAGAAGCAAGUUGGAGAGUGUUCUAAGUAAAGGCUUUGAGGUGAUAGUGAAGAUCGAUAAGAAAGCUUGUCAAGAAUGUUCAUCUUCUCACGGAAUCUGUGGCUUUGAAAAUACCACACAGGUUUGCUGCAACGAAUCCUCAUCAUCAGAAUGCAAGAAACUUACCUACAUUCGGAUUUAG